UUGGUUUUGAUUAAGCUUUGAUAUGAUGUCUUAUUGGCUUACAGCUGCCAGAUGCCUUGAUGUGAUGACUCUGAUUUCUGUGUUCAUACAGGAGUUUGGACGGUUAGGACCAGAGCAUGUUUGUGGCUGUGCUCCUGCUCCUGGUCACUCUGAGUGUCCAGGGAGGAAAUGGCGAGGAGAAAGCAGAGGCACAGAGACCCGGCCAUGUUUCCGUGGUGAUCGUAGGAGCCACAGGGGACCUGGCAAAGAGGUACCUGUGGCAGGGCUUCUUCGAGCAGUACGUUAACCAGGUCAGUGGUGGAAACACUUUCUCCUUCUACGGCGGGGGACUAUCACCUGCCAGCACCGCCACACCGGUCUUCUUUGAUAUCGUCAAGGCCGUGUCCUGCUCAAAGGAAACAUCCCCCGAUCGCUGUGCCGUGCUGAAGGAGCAGUUCCUGCGGCUCGCUGAGUAUCGGCAGCUGAAGGCCUUAGAGGACUACCAGGAACUGGCAAAGAACAUUGAGAAAGAGCUUCAACAGGAGGGAAUACCGGAGGCAGGCCGGCUCUUCUACCUCUCUGUACCUGCCUUUGCAUAUGCGGAUAUUGCUGAUAAGAUAAAUAACAGCUGCAGGCCGGCCAGCGGGGCGUGGUUGAGGGUGGUGCUGGAGAAACCUUUCGGGCAUGACUUCAGGAGCGCUCAGCUUCUUGCAUCUCAGCUCGGGAGCUCCCUGAAGGAUGAAGAAAUGUUUAGAAUCGACCAUUACCUGGGAAAGCAGGUGGUUGCAAAGAUUCUUCCAUUCAGAGUGGAGAACAAGAAGUAUCUGGAUCCCAUCUGGAACAAGCACCACAUCGAGAGAGUUGAGAUUGUUUUGAAAGAGACCCUCGAUGUUAAAGGUCGUAUUCCCUUCUAUGACCAGUACGGGGUGAUCAGAGACGUGAUGCAGAACCACCUGACUGAGGUCAUGACCCUGUUGACCAUGAGGCUUCCUGUGAAUAUGAGCAGCACGGAGGAGGUGCUGCAAAACAAGCUGCAGAUCUUCAGUAAUCUGCUGCCGAUAGGCAAGAACCAAGCUGUGACCGGCCAGUACCAAGCGUACAAAACAUCAGUGCAGCAGGAGAUGAAUAAGACCAAAGAUCACGUCAGCCUCACUCCGACAUUUGCAGCUGUGUUGGCACACAUCGAUGAGGCUCAGUAUGAAGGUGUGCCAAUUAUUUUGAUCUCAGGGAAGAUGUUAGAUGAGCGAGUGGGAUACGCACGCAUACUUUUCAAGAACAACGUCUUUUGUCUUCAAAACCACAACAGCGUUCACUGCAAGCCCAAACAGAUAGUUUUCCACUUUGGUCACGGCCAACUUAAAUAUCCAGCCAUUCUUGUGAGUAAGAAUUUAUUCAAGCCCGUUUUAAAGGAAGGUCAGUGGAAGGAAGUGACUGAGCAUACAGAUGUUGAUGUUCUAGGUUUACCUAUUUCAGACUAUUAUGUGCAGACCCCAUCAGAGAAUCGAGAAGCUUAUUCAGAACUUAUUUCUCAAAUUUUUGCCGGACGUAAGAACAGUUUCAUUAGUGCUGAAAACCUGCUUGCCUCCUGGGGCUUAUGGACGCCGCUGCUCACCAGUCUAGCAGGCUCUUUCCCCCGCAUCUACCCCGGGGGGGCCGACAACGGAGACAUGCUGGACUUGCGUGUGAAAGGGAAAGACAUUAGCUACAGCAGUGAGGUGGUGAUAAUCGGUGUUGAUCAGAUGAGCGGCACGUCAGCAAAAGAUUCCCAAGUGAUGCAAGGCAAGUUCCGCAGUGCUGCCAUGGUGUCGGCCUGGUCCGAGGAGCUGGUGGAGAGGCUGGCCGCAGACAUCCAGGCAUCAGCGGAGGCAGCGGUGCGUGAAGGCGGCGUUUUCCAUCUCGCCCUCUCCGGUGGCUCCUCUCCUCUCGCUCUGUUCCACAGGCUGGCCCUGCACCACUUCUCCUUCCCCUGGAGGGACACCCAUGUGUGGAUGGUGGACGAGCGCUGCGUACCUCCCACUGAACUGGAGUCCAACUUCCACAGCCUGCAUGACCAUCUGCUGCAGCAUGUGAGGAUCCCUUAUUUCAACAUCCACCCCAUGCCAGUGCAGCUCAACCAGCGCCUGUGUGUGGAGGAGGACGCAGGAGCGCUGCUGUACGAGAAAGAGGUCAGAAAGUUAGUCAAUGGCUCCAGCUUCCACUUUGUGCUGCUGGGGGUGGGCUACGACGGCCACACUGCCUCUCUGUUCCCGGACAGUAAGGUGUCUGAGCUCGGGGACCGUCUGGUGGCCCUCACUGAGAGCCCCGUCAAACCUCACCAGCGCAUGAGCCUCACUUUCAGCGCCAUUAACCAGGCGCGCACGGUGGCUCUGUUGGUGAUGGGCAAAGGCAAGCACGAGCUGAUCACCCAGCUGAGCAGGAUGAAGGACAACCCCGACAAGUGGCCCGUCACCGGGGUGAAGCCUGACGAUGGAAAACUGGUCUGGUAUAUUGACUAUGAUGCACUUUUAGGAUAGGAAUCACAUUCCUACCUUUCAAUCCGAAUACAAAUGAUUGAGCUGCUUAAAUUGGACGGCUGAUUGGUGAAAGCAAAUAUGAGCCAGCACUUAAAGGACCGGUAGUUCUACAUGUUUUAACUCAUUAACCAGAAAUAAUCGCAUGUACUUGAUGGUUACACUUUCUAUGAUGUCUAUUCCAUAUAUUUUUUUAAAUAUACCUAUAAUUCCUUAUCGGCUUAAUGCACUGCAUACUCAUAGUCAUUAGCACAAAUAAAUAGAUAUAAUGCUUUAUAAAAAAUGAUUAAAACACAUACUUUAUUAUUGCUUUAGAUUCAAUGACAUGUUUGUUUUGCAAGGAUCAUAGUGUACUAUAGUUCCUAUUGUUGUCAUACAUUAUAAUAGUUUUGUUAGGCUAUAUAAUGUAUUAUAAUCAUAAACUUAGACGGUAUAAUCAUCAGCAAAACAUUAUAAUGUUUUAUAAUAUUAUUUUUAUCAACAUGGAUGUGCUUAAAGAUGUCAGUAAUGGAACAGCAAUUAUAAAGUAUUAUGAUACUUGAAAAUCAAUUUAGAAAAUAACUUUAUAAUGUGGUUUAUUUUCUGAAUAAAGCCUUAUAAAUACGUAGUAGUGCUUACAUGAGUUAUAAUGUGCUAUAAGCAGAUUAUAAAGCAUUAAUAAUCAAGCAAGAAUGUUUAUAAUUCAUAUGCACAUCAUAGAAGGUAGUACUGUAACAUCACUGCUGUAUUUUUCAAUAAGGUCAUCAGGUUUCUGGCAGGAAUAUUGAGUAUGUGCAAUAUGUGGUUAAUGGGUUAAAAUCUACUGGUACUUUCUUUUUUUAUUUAAAGUUUGAACCUCAUUCAAAUACUUGUGUGUGUUGGGGUGAAAUGUAUACUUUUUUUAUGGUUUAUCAAAUUUUGUGUGAGGUGAGUGAAAAUCUAGCAAAUACAUGUAGUACAUGUCUGCAGUUCGAGUGCAGGCUAUGUAGCACUAUAAGAAUAUCUGACCAACAAUAAUGGGGUGCCAAAAGUAAUUCUAACUAGAAGAAAGAUGUAUUAACUAAUAAUCCAGGUGGUUUCUAUGAUCUCAGGUGAUUCUGUGAAUGUGCAGACAAGCUGUUCACUGUGUAAUCUACAUGUAUCAAGUGUGUGUUUUCUAUUGUAGCUGGCAGUGAUCCACUUGAAAUGUCAUCAGUUAAAACAAAAAAUAAAAUGUGAAAAUAUGUCGAUGUUUAUACUGGAAAUAACAACAUUUGUUAUUGAAAUGUUUCAGGUAAUUCAAGAUAUUUUGUGCUUCACUAAUAAAAAACAAUCCCAUUCCUGUUCCAUUCACAUUCCAUUCACAUUCCACUCUCAAUUUAUAUAGUUUCCCAAUUGUUCGGAAAAUAAGGUGAGAGAUAUAAACUGAAUACAAUUUCCUAUAGUCUGUUCAUAUUGCUUUUCUCUUCCUAUGAAAUAGACAUCAUGUUUGGUACUACAGAGUUCACAUCUGUGUUUGUAUAUAAUUGAACACAGCAUUGUGUAAACUACACCUUUAUUAACAUCAUUUGACUGACUGUGAAACAAGUGUUCCUCAACAAAUAAAAAGCAAAUAGUUUUAACAGUUAAGACAAACACCUGCUUUGUGAUGUUCUUUGUGAAGUGAGCGAUAAAACGUGAGGGGGAUUAAGUCACUUUCCCAUGGUUUAAAGUUACCAGCUGCCGGUGGCAUAGAGACCACAUGAAAUCUUAAUAUGGGGAGUUUCAGAUGUCAACGUGGGACAGCUGGACCGCUUUACUGCUCAUUGUU